GAAACCUCCUUCCCUCAGAGCGGCUCUUCUGGACACACCGCAGAGCCCGGCGCGGGAUCACGAACUGCCGGCGCCCCCUCCGCCUCCUCCCGGGCGACCCCCCUGGUGGGGUCACGGCGACCAUGAAACUUCCCCAGAAAGUUCCCGCUUUCAUCCCUUUCUGGCUGCUGGGGCUGCAGACUGUGGCGGCGCCGGUGCGGAGCUACCUUUACGACAACCGCUACGCCGGGGACAAAGUGAUACGGGUUGUUCCAGAGAAUGACAAAGAAGCAGAAACUCUGAAGAUCCUUUCUCAACAGCUUCAGGUGGAUCUGUGGCAGCCUGGCAGUAUUUCCUACAUCUCCAAGAAUGCCAUUACAGAUGUACGGGUGACGAGGAACAAUUCACAAAUUCUUCUGUCCUGCCUACAACAAGCAAACAUCCAUUAUAAAGUCCUCAUAUCUGAUCUGCAAAAGGCAGUGGAAAAGCAAAGUGGUUCAAGGUCAUCCAGGAAUCGUAGAUCAUUAUCAGGAUAUAGUUAUGAAAUAUAUCAUUCAUUGGAAGAGAUUCAAAAUUGGAUGUAUCACCUGAACAAAACUCGUUCAGAUCUUGUUCAUAUGUUCUGUGUUGGCAAGUCAUAUGAAGGAAGACCACUUUUUGUGUUAAAGCUAGGCAAAAGAUCAGCAGGUUACAAGAAAGCUGUCUGGAUAGACUGUGGAAUUCAUGCAAGAGAAUGGAUCGGCCCAGCCUUUUGCCAGUGGUUUGUGAAAGAAGCUCUCCACACAUAUCAAAGUGACCCAGCCAUGAGAAGAAUGCUAAAUCAACUGUAUUUCUACAUCAUGCCUAUUUUUAAUGUGGAUGGAUAUCAUUUUAGCUGGACCCAUGAUCGAUUUUGGAGAAAAACGAGGUCAAAGAAUUCAAGGUUCCACUGCCAUGGUGUAGAUGCCAACCGUAACUGGAAAGUCAAUUGGUGUGAUGAAGGCGCUUCUCUCCAUCCCUGUGAUGACACAUACUGUGGUCCUUUCCCUGAAUCAGAGCCUGAAGUGAAGGCUGUAGCUCACUUUCUUCGCCAACACCGGAAACAAAUGAAAGCUUACUUGUCCUUUCAUGCAUAUGCUCAGAUGCUGUUAUAUCCAUACUCGUACAAGUAUGCUAUGAUUCCAAAUUUCAGCUGUGUGGAAUCUGCAGCCUUUAAUGCUGUCAAUGCCUUGCAGUCUGUUUAUGGGAUAAGAUACCAAUAUGGCCCUGCCUCCAGCACCUUGUAUGUGAGUUCUGGCAGUUCAAUGGACUGGGCAUACAAAAACGGCAUUCCAUAUGCAUUUGCAUUUGAGCUGCGCGAUACAGGUCAUUUUGGAUUUUUACUGCCUGAGACCCUAAUCAAACCCACGUGUACAGAGACCAUGCUGGCUGUUAAAAAUAUAACCAUGCACCUGCUAAAGAAGUGCCACUAGACAGCAAAAAGGAGUGAAAUUGAGUCCCUCAUUAUUAUUAUUGAAAUUGUUUAUUACAUAGACAUUGUCAAAUGACUGAAGAACUGAACGUAACAUGCCAUGCUUUAGGACCUCAUAGAAGGAAAAAUGUGGCAUUAAUUUUACAUAUAGAAGCUGUUAAAUAAUAAGGUACCUACUUUGGAUUGUAUGUAUCCUGUAUGUACCAUGUUAUUGUAGAAGUGCAGAAAUCAGUAUGUAAUUUGAAAAUCAAUUGGCUGGCAAUGCCUGAUGAAAUUGCAAAAUGAGUGCCAGAGCAGAGAUACAAAGAAAGACUGACCGUAGUUAGGAGAGGCAGGGUUUCAGUGUCCCUCCCAAGUAGCUUUUUGCUUCAGUUCAUGACUGGCAGGAGCAGAAUAAAUUAUGCAAAAUAGGCAUGUCUAGUCAAGUUUGCAUAAUUUAUACAAGCCAAAGGUACCAGCUUAGCUUAAAGGAGAAAGACUGAGUUAUCAUGGCACAGAAUGUGGAUUUUUCAAACACAGAAUAUGUGCAGUCCUGGAUGUAUCUUUUGUGUGCAAUGUUACGUUAAAUAAUGUUUUUGUGGGGAUAACAAAGCUCUUUCAUUUUCUGCCUCCUCCAUCACUAUCAUUAACUUUAAUUACAGUAGAAUAAGCUGCUUCUUACACAGAAAAAUAGCAGGUAAGAUCCAUAUAUAAAACUCACAGCAAGAACUGACAAAGAAAAAGAAGAAUUUGUUUGUGUUCUUCCAUCGCAAACUGAAACAGGACCAUGGAAUUUUCCAAAACAGACCCAGAAAUAAACUGACAGAGAUACAGUGGGCUGCACUGACAGAGAAGAAGUUGGUGGCGUAAAAUAUGUGAUUGUUAUUACCCAUCAGUUCUAUUCUGAGUA